AUGUGUUAUAAAAAAGUGACCGUUUUAAAUAAAAAAUAUAAUGAUGAAUUUGAUAAUUUUUGUGCUGAAUAUACAGAGAAUACCAAUGCAUCUACUACUGAAAAAGAAUCAGAACAGUUGAGUCCUAUUGUCGAUUCCGGUGCUACAGUUGCUGAUGAUGAAAAGAGUAAUGUUGAAGACUUGUCUUCAAUUUUUGGCGACUUUGACAAGGAGCAGUCAACAUCAACAGCAUCAACAUCAAGCAAAAUUAUUUGUCUGUUUUGUGAUCGUAGCCAAAAGAGAUGUGGGAAGAAGCUGAUUAAUCUUACUUUCCCUAGUAGUGACAAAGUACCACAGCAGAUAAAAGAUAUGGCGAAAAAUUUUGGAGAUUUAGAGAUUCUUUCCAAACUUCAACAUCAAACUAUUGCAUACCAUCUGCCUUGUUAUGCAGUGUAUCAAUCAAAAGAGAAGCGGUCCAUGGAAGAAUCUACUGAUUCUAGCUAUAGUAAAUAUAGACAGUUACAUCAGUUGGCCUUUCAAUCAAUAUCGAAUUUCAUUGAAACAGAAAUAAUAGAAAACAACAAAGUUAUGUACUUGGCUCAAUUAUUUUUAAGAUACCAAGCUCUACUGUUAGAGUUCGGAAAUUAUGAAAUUGAUUUCGAUGAUAUACAAGAUUAUCGAUCUGAAACCUUGCAAAAAAAAUUAAUUAGAAAAUUUGGUGAUCGUAUUACAAUUGAAGCGUCAACUGCAAUACGUAACAAAAAAAUUGUGUACAAAACAGACAUGGACGUUUCUGUAAUGGCAAACAAUUUCAAACUUUUGGAGACAAAAAAUGAUUAUGAGUUUGAAAAUGUUGCAUAUUAUUUGAGAAGUUGCAUUAAAAAUAUAGAUGCUCAUCCGCUUCCUCGUAACGUAACUGCUGAUGAUAUCAUUCGUGGAGAAUGUGACAUUCCUGAGCAAUUAUUUGAUUUUAUGCGAAAUGUUAUCCAAGGACCUAAUAUUUCUGAUGAAAAUUCGGACAAACUGAAAGUUAAAAUAACGUCAAUAUGUAGUGAUAUUAUUUAUGCUGUCACUAGGGGUACAUGUAAGCCCGCAAAAAGUUUAACCCUUGGACUGGCAAUGAAAUCUUUAACCAACUCUCGGCAAGUAAUCACGAUACUUAAUAGAUAUGGCCAUACGAUUGGUUAUAAUUUGGCAGAAGAAUUGGAAACUGAAAUGACAUAUACAUCAAUCCAAGAUAACAAAGUUAUACCAAAAGGCAUAAUCGCAGCAAAUGGACACAGCACCCACGUAGCGUUCGACAAUUUCGACCGUUUCGUUGACACAACUUCUGGAAAGGACACAAUGCACGACACAGUUGGAAUUAUUUAUCAAUUCUCUAGUAAUGGAGCUGAUAAUUUUGAUGAUGGUGCAGCUACAACUUCAUCAGCGCUUGAAGUAAAUGACAACGAAAAUGGAGAAGGACCUACCCGCAAGAGAAGACGUUUCAGUGAAAUAUCACGAGAAAUUCGACCAUAUUAUUCUAAACCUAAAGCAAGUAUGCAGCUAAUUACUGUAGAUUCGUUUACUAAUACAAUGAAUUUAUGCAAAGCUGCUGCGAAAAUAGCAAUAGAUAAGGAUUUAUUAUGGAUAAUGUCGUUGUCAAGAAUUGAUUCUGUUCCUAUGUGGUUGGGUUAUAAUUGUAUGAUAUCAAGUGACCACAGUGAGAAGCAAAAAAUUGAGUAUUUAUCUCCCAUAAAUUCUUCACCAACGUCAUAUGCAAUAGUCAAUGAAACAUUAAACAUGGCUAAAUAG